CUAGCGAACAAGAGAGACAUGUUGUCAUAAUUAUCAGUUAGUAAAUGUUCAUUUAAAUUCUGUUCUCACAUCAAGCCCACCCUCUCUCUCUCUCUCUCUCUCUAACAAUGUCUACUACAUCGUCUUCUUCGCCCUGGAGAACCCUGAAGAUAGGUAUAAUAGGCUUCGGCACCUUUGGACAGUUCCUCUCCAAAACCAUGAUCAAACAAGGCCACUCCAUUACAGCUACUUCUCGCUCCGACCAUUCACAGCUCUGUCACGAUUUGGGUAUCUCCUUCUACAGGGACAUGGAUAGAUUUCUUGAGGCAGAAAACGAUGUGAUAUUGCUAUGUACAUCAAUCCUGUCCCUAUCCAAUGUCGUAAACUCAAUUCCCUUGCACCGCCUGAAACGGCCAACGCUCUUUGUGGAUGUACUCUCUGUCAAGGAACACCCAAAAGAAGUUCUAUUGCAAGUACUACCCCCAGAGUUGGACCUGCUUUGCACUCACCCGAUGUUUGGACCACAAAGCGGGCGAGAUAGCUGGGAAGGCCUAAAUUUUAUGUACGACAGGGUCCGAAUAAGGGAUGAAGCUGUGUGCUCCAGUUUCCUUCAAAUUUUUGCAAGGAAGGGUUGCAAAAUGCUGGAAAUGUCUUGUGAAGAACAUGACAAACUGGCUGCUAGAAGUCAAUUUCUCACUCACACAAUUGCCAGGGUCUUAUCAGAAAUGAAGGUCGAGUCUACGCCUAUCGACACCAAGAACUUUCAGACACUUGUUCAAUUGAAAGAAACCACAAUGAAUAACAGUUACGAUCUGUUCAGCGGGCUAUUCAUCCAUAAUAAGUAUGCCCAAGAAGAGUCAUGGCGCAGCUGAAGAACCUAGAAGUGGCUCUUGAGAAGGUUAAACAGAAUCUGUUGGAUAGGAUGAACGAGGAGCUGGAUCCGAGUGUCUCUAAACACUAACGAGGAAACACUGAGCAAGCAAAGUGUUAUGACGAUAAUUCAACUCAUGUCUUUUUAAUAUAUGUACUCUUUUUAAUAUGUACUUUCUAUUAUUAUUCUCAUAAUUACUUUUACAUUAUAAGGACAACGAAACCUCUGAGAUCAAGGAUGACAAACUUCAUUUAUUUGAUUCGUCCGUCUAUCAUAUUUGUUGGGACCUAGAAAUACAAUCUCUUAAAUGUUAAGAUGUUCACACUUUUUCAA